AUGUCUGUUACUAAUGUUGCAAAGUACCCCUUCACACAUCAACAAUACGUAAAACAAUUAUAUCGUAGGUCACUGAAACUAUCGUUAGAUUGGUACGGUUUUCGAAGUAUUUGGCGACAAAAAGCCUUGGAAAUUCGUGAACGUUUCGAUGCUAAUCGUACAGUAACGAGUUCGUAUGAGUUGAGACGUAUUUUGGAGGAAGCUGAAGAAGAACUAGAACAUUAUAGACACCCGGAACCAUCCUACUGCACCUGGUGGUUCAAAGUACGAAAGAAAUCUACCACCUCCAAUAGUAAUUAUUAUUAUGAUUCUUUCGAUCCGUGUUCUUUUUACUUUAACUAA